AUGGCUUACUUCAAUCUUGGUAUUAACCCGAAAGAUGCUAUUAAAUUGAAAUCAAGUGGAGGAAAAAAUUCUAUCGAUCUGACAAACUUUCAUCCAUCGAAUGGUAAACAUGUUGAAGACGAUUGGGAUGUUCAACCUGGAGACGUUAUUACGUGGGGUGAUUACAGAGCAGAAAGCACUUACUUUGUUGAUGGACACCGUCGUCUAUUAAAGAACCAAGAUACUUCUGGUUCAGGUUACUUAACUAUUCCUCUUUCAAUAACUCGCCUUUUUUCUUCGGCUUUGAAGCAUUACGCAUCAUUACUUGAACAUGAACCUUACCUUGUGGCUGAAAUUGAACUUGGACCUACUGACGGCAUUUUCGUCGAGAAAUUUGGUUCUCCACUACCGGAGGCGAUUCGUAACAGAAACGAUAUUUCGUAUACGUUCAAUCCUGCAGAAAUCACACUCUAUGUUACAGUCGGUAGAAAUAAAGCUUAUGCAUUUUCGCUGGAUGGAACUAAAACAAAAGAUAUUGUUGAUUAUAUAGAAGUCGCAAAUGAGAAAAAAGCUGCGUUCAUCGUCAAAUAUGAUAUUCAGGUAUGA